AUGGCAAUAUUACAUAGGGCUCUUUUCACGUGGUUUAUAUUUUUAGUCUUCCUAAUUUUGCUAUGUCUACGAUUAGAGUCUAGAACACACUGGAAUUGGUUUAUAGUUUUUAUACCUAUGUGGGUGUACGAUAGCAUUUUAUUAAUAUACGUGUUAUUUCACAUGGUUUCCCACUGUCGAAAUGGCAUUGAAAGAUUUAGAGGGACUAUUAAUAAAAAUGUAUGGUACAUUGCUGCUAUUGGUCUCAAAAUGGCAGCACAAAUUAUUAUUUGUAUUAAGUUAGAAUAUACCAAAGUAAAUCUACCCAUAUACGUUGUAAUGACGCCUAUUUGGAUGCUAUUGCCGGUUCUAUGUGUUGAAGUUUUUAUGCAUUUAAUCAAAAAUUCAAGUCGAAGUAGCCGUUAUUAG